GGUGUAUCCAUCAAAGAUAGUUUGGGUGUAAAAAGUUUGAAGCUGGAAAUGGAAGUGGACAAAUCCCUACAGGACAGGACCAGAGGUCUUCUAGGAAACUUUAACAUGAACAAAAAUGAUGAGUUCCAGUUACAAGAUGGCACAGUGCUGUCCCAAAAUCUAACAGAGAGGCAGAUUUUUUACCUGUUUGCCAAAACAUGUGAGAAUUCUAAGUUUCAUUAAAUAACCUAUGAGUAUUAUUCAAAGUUUUAGUUCCCCCCUCAAGUAGUAUAUGGUGUCGUGGGAUUCUAUUAUGUUUCGGAAAAAACAUUUUACUUUUUUUUCCAAUGCCAAUGAUCAAUUUUAAAAGGUUUAUCUGCAAUGAAAUAAGUUUUUAUCAAACUAUAGCAGAUUUUUAAAUAUUCUUUUAUACUUAUUUUUGGAAGAUUUGUCUGAUUCGCAGAGCCAAAUUAUGGCAUAGAGAUUUCAUGUAUUUAGUUUCAUAUUUUGGUGUUUUUUUUCUCCAUAUUAAAAGUAGGCCUAAAUUAAGAUAAUUGUAAAGCAAGUUGUUUAGUCCUUUUCCUUUAAAUUUAUGUGAUAUUUAAGAAAGAAUUUUUUUAUUUUUUUUAUGAAUUCAGACUUUUGGAAAAAGUUUAAACUUUUUUGACCAAAAUCAUUUGCUUGGAUCAAUAUAUCUUAUAGCUAUUUAUUAUAUUUAGAAAAGACAUGCCCAAACAAAUCAUUUUUCAAGAAGUCGUAUAGUUACAAAUUACUUUACAACAGGGACUUUAAAUGGUUGGGAACAAUAGCUUCGAGUAGAGUAUUUAUAAUUAUUACAUCUUGAAAAUAUUUUACAACUCUGUACAUUUGAAAUUACUGAAAGAUUUUUAAUUUGUAUUCACUAAAGAAAUAAUUUUUUAAAAUGUAUAAUCUUUUAAAUAUCUUCAGGUACCGGUAAUUAAAAUAAAUCAAUUUAUGCAAUGUGAAGAAUCAUUUCAAAUUUUUUUCAUUUCUUAUUUAAAUGUUUAAAAAUGUUAAAUUCUAAUUACGUUAACUCUUCCAUUCCAAAGCUAACAAACAAUAUAUAUUUAUUAUUUGAUACAGAUGUUUCGCCAGCUGACUCCAUUUUCAACUUUGUAGAUGAAAAUGUCAGCAGAAUUGCAUGCCAAAAUAUGGAACCAAUAUUCAGAGAUGAAUUUAAUCCUGCUGACUUGUCCAGAGCUGUAGAGUUUUGUGGCAAUCAAAAUGAUGCUUGCAUAUUUGAUUACAUACUUACAGGGGAUGAGACAUUUGCACAAAAUACGAGG